AUGGGAAGCCUCAUCUUUCAUUUCUGCUCCAUCUCCUCCAUGGUUUAUCUCAUGGCUUACCCAGGUUUAUGUCAGUCCAAUUUCACUUAUUCCGAUGAAUUGGCUCUUCUUGCUUUCAAAUCUUCUGUCAGGGAUACUUACAAUCACUUGCAAAACUGGUCCAAUUCGUCUACCAUGUGCAAUUGGUCUGGGGUUACAUGUGACUCUAAGCAUGAGAGAGUUAGAAUACUGAGUCUUGCAAAGAUGGGUCUCAGUGGAAGCUUACCCUCACAGAUCGGCAAUUUGUCCUUCCUAGUAAAACUUGAUCUCAACAGUAACAGAUUGUAUGGUAAGUUGCCAAAAGAGUUGCUUCAGUUGCAGAGGUUAGAAAUUCUGAACUUGAGCUAUAAUUCACUCAGUGGAGAAAUCCCAAGUUGGAUAGGAAGCUUAUUUACACUUCAACACUUGAUUCUUGGCAAUAAUAGCUUUGGGGGUAUCAUCCCUCCAAGUAUAUCCAAUUUGUCUAAGUUAGAGACUUUGGAUUUGAAUUCUAAUUCUCUCCAAGGAUCUAUUCCGUUUGAUAUUGGAAGGCUUCAAAAUCUGAAAAUUUUACGACUUUCUGUGAACGAGCUUUCAGGAAAUAUGCCUCCAUCUAUUUCCAACAUGUCCUCACUUGAAUGGAUCUCUUUGUCUCUUAACCUCUUAAAAGGGCAUAUUCCCGUAAUGGAUAAGCUUACCAAGCUGAAACUAAUAUAUUUGGAAGUUAAUAAGUUGACUGGUCAAAUACCAAGAAGUAUUGGAAACUUGAUCAUGCUUCAAGAAUUAUAUCUUUCAAACAAUAACUUAAAAGGAGAUAUUCCCAAGGAAAUUAGCAAUCUUACAAAUGCGAAUAAAAUAUACUUGAAUGAUAAUCAAUUGUCUGGUUACAUACCAAAAAGUAUUGGAAAAUUGACCAUGCUUCAAGAGUUAUCCCUUGCCAACAAUGACUUAGAAGGAAAUAUUCCCAAUGAAAUUAGAGGCCUUACAAAUCUGAAAAUUAUGGACCUGUCAGUUAAUCAACUAUUUGGCCACAUACCAAGAGGCAUUGGAAACUUGACUAUGCUUCAAGAUUUAUAUCUUGGAAGCAAUAAUUUUGAAGGCUCAAUACCUAUGGAAAUAGGAAAUCUUCAACAACUUGAGAAGUUAUUGUUGUCUGGAAACAACUUAAGUGAAUUUAUUCCAUCAGAAAUUUUCAACAUCUCAACUUUGAAAGUCUUGUCUCUCUCAAACAAUUCUCUAUCAGGAAGUCUUCCAUCUGAUUUUGGAUACGGCUUUUCUAAUCUACAAGAGUUGUAUUUAUGGGGCAACAAACUUUCCGGAAGAAUCCCAAAUAGUAUAUCCAAUGCUUCUAAGCUAACCAUUCUAGAAUUGGAGCACAAUAACUUUGAAGGGGUUUUACCAAGCACGCUUGGGCAUUUAAGAUACUUGGAAUCUCUUUGGGUGCAUUAUAACAAUUUCACCAUAAUAGAUAAUUCAAAUUCUGAAACUAGCUUUUUUAGCUCAUUGUCAAAUUGUAGACAUUUGAAAACUCUUAUUCUCUCAAACAAUCCAUUGCAUACGAAACUCCCCAAGUCCAUAGGAAAUUUGUCUGAUUCUCUACAGACGCUGAUGAUAGACUUCUGCGGGCUUAAUGGAAACAUACCAUCAGAAAUUGGGAAUCUGUCCAACUUGUUCAAGCUAUCUUUGGCUGAAAAUGCUUUAAAUGGACCAAUUCCAACAACAAUUGGCAACUUACAGGCUCUUCAGCAUUUAAGUCUUGUAGGCAAUGAGCUAGAUGGUAUAUUGAAAGUAAACCUAUCUUCCAACAUGCUAGUUGGAAAUCUUUCAUUCAAGAUUGGGAACAUGAAAGCUCUCGUGAUAUUAGAAUUGUCAAGAAAUCAUAUUUCAGGCGUCAUUCCGACAAACAUAGGUAGCUUGCAAAAUUUGCAAAAUUUCUCCUUAGCAGAUAACCUAUUGCAAGGGACGAUUCCGGAAUCACUUGGGAAUUUGCUAAGCUUAGUAAAGCUAGACCUUUCCCAAAAUAAUUUGUCUGGUGAGAUUCCUAAAUCACUUGAGUCACUUACAUCCCUUAAGUAUGUUAAUCUCUCUUAUAACGAGCUACAAGGUGAGAUUCCAAGUGGCGGGGUCUUCAAAGAUUUGAAGGCUGAAUUUUUCAUGAUGAAUAAAGCACUUUGUGGUGAGCCAAAAAUGCAAGCAUUCUCCUCUUUCAACGCAGACGAAGGAAUUCUAGGCAUGCCAUAA